AUGAAACGACAGUGUGGACCAUGGAUUAUCAUAGACUGUACAAAUACAUCUGUCAGUUUUGCUUCAGUAUACAGAUUGUCUGGGGUUUAAAUGAGGUGACGCUCCUGAAUCCUCCAGAGGAGCCUGUAUCAGACUAUCUUUUGAAGGUACUUUACUCCUGUGAUAAACCCUCAGGAGUGCAGCUGGAGAGUGUUAUUUCUUUUGACUCUGGCAUUACCUCCACACUUGUGCUCAGACAGUGGAGUUGUGUGCCCAGCAGCAUCAAAAUAAGGACUCUGAAGUUGAGCUUGCCAGAUUGGUUGGUGUUCAAAGCCGAUGGGAUAGUUCCAGACUCACAGUGGGUGCUGAGCUGCAUCCUUCGAGCGUCAGUCGAGUCCAGUGGAUCUGAUGUCAGUGAGCAGGCUGUCCUGGAUCAGGAUGUGGCGAGCCUGGAGCCUAAACCCCCUCUCAGUCGUCCUCUCAAGCAGCAUCAACUCUGCCUUCCCUGGAGUACACAGAUGCUCCAAAUAAACCCCCAGUCUUCAAAGACACAAUGCCCACUGGAGAAAGAAACGGUGCCUUUGCUGUCCUCAAUAUACGCUUCGACUGGAGAAAACUUUGGCAUCACUAAGAUGUUGGACGCUCACAGCAGUGAGGUUCUGGAGUUCCUGCGUUUCAAGGCGGUCUCUUCUCCAUGGUGUAUGUUUUCCAUCUGGAUAUUAGUGUCGAGACACUGUCAGGAAAGAAUGUGUGGAGUUUUUUACCACCUGGACUCCCACAAUAACUACAUCACACCUGCACUGCUUCUCUCAAGAUCAGGCCAGCUACAUGUCCAGAUGAGCGGAGAGUCUGGGGAAUCCUCUGCAUUCCUCUGUCCUUUCACAGUGCCUCUAAGUCAGUGGUGCCAAGUCAAUUUGGUUUUGCGUGGUCAAAUUGUUACUGUCUCCAUGAUGUGCAUAGAUGAGGAGCAGCGGACAGUUCACUCUACAGAGCACAUAUUCAAACAUGCUUUGGUGCUGGAUGACACAGAGGGAUAUUUUGUGAUUGGAGGAGGAAAAUUUAUCAGAGGAGUGGAAGGUUUUUAUGGGCCAGUGGUUUACUACCGCAACAGAGUACCUUCCUACAACAUGUCUGAAGUCGUUGUGCCAGACCUUAUUGAGACUGUGAACCUGACUGGAUGGCUGAAGACCUGUCAGCGUUUUCAUCUUGAGUUAAAUGUGAAAAUCAGUGGAUAUUCCCUCAAGGCCAAGCAGAAGGCAGAGUCUGAGAGUUGUAUGGAUGUUUAUCAUAACUGGAGGGUAAAAGAUUCACAUCCAUUAAAACGGUGUGAGCUGUGGGAAGCGAGUGUGCCUCAGAGACGAUAUGCUGCAAAACUGGCUGAAUUGUUGGCUUUUAAACAUGGGGGAAAGGGAGUUAGCCUGGCAGCAGUGGGCAGAGCCCUGUACUCCUUGUCACUUCAUAAGUUGGGCAAAGCCAGCAGCCUUGGAGUAGUGAGCAGAAUAUUACCUCUUUUGCUCCAAGCUGGCUGCUUAGCAGAUAACCAAGCCCUGCACUUGUCAUCUGUGAUCUACAGUGCUGGCCUGGGAGUCAAGAAACAGCCCAAUAAGGCAUGGCUGCUGACUCUGCUGGCAGCCCAGAGGGACUACAGACUGGCACUUCUGCACCUUGGGCACCUGCACCACACGGGCGACCACGGCGUGAACCAGGACCCAGACCUGGCCUAUGCAUAUUAUGCUAACAUUGCUAAACAGACAGCCUUAGACCGCCAGAAUCCCUCAUCCCAACAGGCGACUGUCGAGUCUAUUUACUUGAACAAUGAGGAGAUGCUGAACCUCCAGACCAAUGAGAACCACCAUAUCUUCCACUGGCUGAAACUACAGGCCCGCCACGGAGCAGCCGAGGCUGAGCAAGCCAUUGGCCGCAUGCUGUUCUGGGGUCAGCAGGGAGUGACUGCAAACAUCCAGAAGGCUGUGAGACACUAUGAGAGGGGAGCUGUCCAACUGGAGGACCCAGUGUCAAUCUAUGACUAUGCCAUCGUCCUGUUGCAGGGUCACGGGGUUGAAAAAGAUGUCCCAAGAGCUGUCACUUUGCUGAAGAGAGCAAUGGACCAGGGCUUUGCUCCUGCAUUCAAUGCCCUUGCCUGGUACUAUGAGCAGUAUGAGAGAGACUAUGAGCGUGCGGUGCAGCUGUGGGAACAGGCUGACCUCCGUGGCAGUCCAGAUGCUGCAAUGAAUCUUGGUGUCAUGUACUCCCAAGGCCAGUAUCCUGGCAAAGCUGCAGACCAGUUCAUGGCCUAUAAGUACUAUCUGAAGUCUGCCGGGAGAGGCCACAUCAGUGGAGCGAUUCACCUUGCUGAUAUGUGGACCACUGGGAUUCCUGGCUAUGUGAACAGGCGGCCAUCUGAUGCCGUACUGUGGGUCAAGUGGGCAGCGGAGCAGAAUGGAUACCUGGGCAGCGUCUUACAGAAAGCCUUGGCCUCUUAUCUCAAGAGUGACAGGUUGAUGUCAGUGUUAUAUUACCUGAUAGCUGCUGAGUCAGGGUAUGCAGCAGGUCAGUUUAACGUUGCAUAUCUGUGUGAACAAAAUACGGGAAGUUUUCUGGAUGCAGCUUUUGCAUCAGACUGUAUGUGGAGGUAUUACAACCUUACCAUCCAGAGUCAAAAUCCUGACACUUAUGCACUAAUUAGAGUGGGUGACUUGUUGUAUGAGGGCCAGAAUGAGAGAGAGAAAGACUUGUCCUCUGCAGCACAGAUGUACAAACUGGCAGCACUAAGGGAGGAUCCACAGGGCUGGUACAGCCUUGGGCUACUUGCUGAGGAGGGUUACAGGCUGCCGCUGUCACUGUUGAUUGACUUGGACCUUCCAGAGCUUUACCUGGCAGACGACACUUUGCUCCUAACUACUUUAUACAAAAGGUGCAGAGAUUCAGAAGGUACAGAGUCCUACUUGCCCUGCAGUCUUGCCCUCUUCAGUGUUUACCUGCAUUCAUUCCAACAGGACUACAGUGCGGCUAUCAAGUUCUGCAGUGCUGUUGCAGUGGCCGCAGCUCCACCGAUACUUUUAAUCAUCCUUGGUGUCCUCAGGAGGCGUGGCCUGUCUCUUCACUAGCACCAUGACUCUUAUCGAGGCCGGCCGUGCACUGACCUGAAUGACUCAACAAUAUCAGAAACCAACAAAGACAAACUGGCACAGCAACUGCACAUCAAUACUUUGAGUCACAAUCUAUUUGCACUGGAGGAUCGCUAUCUGUAAAAGACAAUAGUGUGAC